AUGUCCAAAGUGAUCCAGAAGAAGAACCACUGGAGCAGCCGGGUGCACCAGUGCUCGGCCAGGCGGGCGGCCGGCGGCCAGCCGGGGCUGCCCCUGCUCGGGGGCGCGGAGCACGGGCAGUUCCCCUACGUGGGGACGGCGGAGGAGGGCGGCCCGCCGGUGCUGGCCGGGGGCGAAGAAGGGGGGCUCAGCCCCGGGGAGCUGCUGCUGGAGGUGCAGGGGGUCCGCGUGUCCGGCUUGCCCCGCUACGACGUGCUGGAAGUGAUCCGGAGCUGCACGGAGCCCAUCUCGGUCAAAGCCGUGAGACAAGGAAGUAGACUGAACAAAGAUCUGAGGCAUUAUCUCAACCAGAGGUUUCAGAAAGGAUCUCCAGAUCACGAGCUGCAGCAGACAAUUAGAGAUAACCUUUAUCGCCAUGCUGUGCCUUGCACAACCCGUCCUCCGCGAGAAGGAGAAGUGCCUGGUGUGGACUAUAACUUUCUGACUGUGCAGGAGUUUCUGGACCUUGAGCAGAGUGGAACUCUUCUUGAAGUGGGAACAUAUGAAGGUAACUAUUAUGGAACACCCAAGCCUCCCAGCCAACCCGUCAGUGGGAAAGUGAUUACCACUGAUGCUUUGCAAAACCUUCAGUCCAACUCCAAGCAGUCGACUCCAAAACGAACCAAGUCUUAUAAUGAUAUGCAAAAUGCUGGCAUAGUGCAUACGGAGAAUGAGGAUGAGGAUGACGUCCCUGAAAUGAACAGUAGCUUUACAGCAGAUUCUGGUGACCAAGACGAGCACAAUAUACAUAGUAUAAGAGAAACAGCGCCACCUCCUGUGAAUAAUAGCAUCACCGCCAUUCCCACCACGGAACCAUCUCAGAAGCUCCCUCAAUACCUACCUCCUUCUGCAGAGGAAAACCUAGGUCCUCUACCUGAAAACUGGGAGAUGGCCUAUACCGAGAAUGGAGAAGUCUAUUUUAUAGACCAUAAUACUAAAACAACAUCUUGGCUAGACCCACGGUGCCUGAACAAACAGCAGAAGCCACUAGAAGAAUGUGAAGAUGAUGAAGGGGUACACACGGAGGAACUGGACAGUGAACUAGAAUUGCCUGCUGGUUGGGAAAAGAUUGAAGAUCCUGUAUAUGGAGUCUACUAUGUAGACCACAUUAACAGGAAGACACAAUAUGAGAAUCCAGUUCUGGAAGCGAAACGGAAAAAACAGCUUGAGCAGCAGCAACAGCCACCAGAAGAAUGGACAGAAGAGCAUCCAUCUCUUGGUCCACCGGCUGUUCCAAACCAUGCUCCAAACACCCAAGAGCCAGUUCGAGAAGCACCAGUACAAGGAAAACCAUUUUUCACGCGAAACCCUUCGGAGUUGAAAGGGACGUUCAUCCACACCAAGCUGAGGAAAAGCAGCAGGGGGUUCGGCUUCACUGUGGUCGGAGGGGACGAACCGGAUGAAUUUCUCCAAAUCAAGAGUUUGGUGCUUGAUGGCCCUGCUGCCCUGGAUGGCAAAAUGGAGACAGGAGAUGUUAUAGUCAGCGUGAAUGAUACCUGUGUGCUGGGACAUACACAUGCUCAAGUUGUCAAAAUCUUCCAGUCCAUUCCCAUCGGUGCCAGUGUGGACCUUGAACUGUGUCGAGGUUACCCUCUGCCCUUUGACCCCGAUGACCCCAACACAAGCCUGGUGACGUCUGUGGCAAUUCUAGAUAAAGAACCGAUCAUUGUGAACGGGCAGGAAAAUUAUGAUUCUCCAGCAAGCCACAGUAGUAAAACGGGGAAAGUAAAUGGCUUGAAGGAGCAAAGGCCAAGUAGUCCAGCUGAAGUCUCUUCAAAUGGAUCCCAUGGUUACCCCAACGAUACUGUCUCUUUGGCUUCUUCUAUAGCAACACAGCCUGAACUCAUAACUGUACAUAUAGUGAAAGGGCCCAUGGGCUUUGGUUUUACUAUAGCAGACAGUCCAGGUGGUGGGGGCCAAAGAGUGAAACAAAUUGUAGACAGCCCCAGGUGCCGAGGCCUAAAAGAAGGGGAUCUAAUCGUUGAAGUGAAUAAGAAGAAUGUGCAAAACCUCACUCACAACCAAGUCGUGGAUAUGCUGAUUGAAUGUCCUAAAGGAAGCGAAGUCACAUUACUUGUGCAACGAGGAGGGUUGCCAGUCCCAAAGAAGAGCCCAAAGUCGCAACCACUUGAAAGGAAAGACAGCCAAAACAGUUCCCAGCAUAGCGUCUCUAGCCACCACAGCACGCACACUGCUUCACCCAUCCAUACCACUCAGGUGCUUCCCGACUACCCUGCCACUGAAGCACCAGCUGUGGAGCAGCCGGACAACUCUGGACAGAAAAAGCCAGAUCCAUUCAAAAUCUGGGCCCAGUCCAGGAGCAUGUAUGAAAGCCGACUUCCAGAUUAUCAAGAACAGGAUAUCUUUCUAUGGCGAAAGGAAACGGGCUUUGGGUUUAGGAUUCUAGGUGGAAAUGAGCCUGGAGAACCCAUUUACAUUGGUCACAUUGUACCAGUGGGCGCUGCUGAUGCCGACGGUCGUCUGAGAUCUGGAGAUGAACUGAUCUGUGUGGACGGAACACCUGUUGUCGGAAAAUCUCACCAGCUUGUAGUCCAGCUUAUGCAACAGGCUGCCAAGCAAGGUCAUGUCAAUCUAACUGUAAGGCGCAAAGUGGUAUACACAGUUCCAAAAGCAGAGAACGAAGUCCCUUCUCCAGCCUCUUCACACCACAGCAGCAACCAGCCAGCUUCCCUGACGGAGGAAAAGCGGACCCCGCAGGGAAGCCAGAACUCCUUAAACACUGUGAGCUCGGGCAGCGGCAGCACCAGCGGCAUUGGCAGUGGCGGGGGCGGGGGAAGCGGCGUGGUCAGCACAGUGGUGCAGCCGUACGACGUCGAAAUCCGCCGGGGAGAAAAUGAAGGCUUUGGCUUUGUGAUUGUGUCCUCAGUUAGCAGGCCCGAGGCAGGGACAACUUUUGGAAAUGCAUGUGUGGCCAUGCCUCACAAAAUAGGUCGGAUCAUUGAGGGGAGCCCCGCAGACCGCUGUGGCAAGCUGAAAGUAGGAGACCGGAUCUUGGCUGUUAAUGGAUGUUCCAUCACCAACAAAUCGCAUUCAGAUAUUGUCAACUUAAUUAAAGAAGCAGGAAACACUGUUACUCUGCGCAUCAUUCCAGGGGAUGAAUCCUCCAAUGCUACUUUAUUGACCAACGCUGAAAAAAUUGCUACGAUUACAACCACACAUACUCCUCAGCAGAUACCCCAGGAGCCCAGGAACAACACAAAACCAAAGCAGGAAUCCCAGUUUGAUUUCAAACCGCCCCAGGCAGCACAGGACCAAGAUUUUUACACCGUUGAACUGGAAAGAGGAGCCAAAGGAUUUGGCUUUAGCCUGCGAGGUGGUCGCGAGUAUAAUAUGGAUCUCUAUGUAUUGCGGUUAGCUGAGGAUGGUCCAGCUGAGAGGUGUGGAAAGAUGAGGAUUGGCGAUGAAAUUCUAGAGAUCAAUGGGGAAACCACCAAGAACAUGAAGCAUGCUCGGGCCAUAGAACUGAUUAAAAAUGGUGGCCGCAGAGUCCGCCUGUUUCUGAAACGUGGAGAUGGCUCUGUACCAGAAUAUGACCCCAGCAGUGACAGGAACAGUCCCGCCACAGGUUCACAAAAUGUAUCGGAAAUGAAAAACGUGCCAUCUGACCGACGACAACACCCAUCAUUGGAGUCCAGUUAUCCACCAGAUCUUCACAAAUCAUCACAACAUGGGGACAAGCGGAUAUAUGUUAAAGAUCCAAAAGGCAGCAGAGAGUUUAGCAGACAAUCCAAUGAACACCACACGUGGAAUGGAACUUCUCAAAACAAUGAUAACGUAACAGGCAGAAAAAAGGACAGGUCACCAGGAAGGAGACGAGAUAGACAACCAGAGAGAAUGGUUGUAAAUGGACAAAAAAUGAAAUCUCCUGAAAAAAGGAGGGAAGGGACAAGAAGUGCUGACAAUACUUUGGAGAGGAGGGAGAGACAUGAGAGGAGGAGAGACCUUUCUCCCGAAAGGCGAAGAGAAAGGUCACCAACUCACAGAAGGGAUGGGUCGCCAAGCAGGCGAAGGAGGUCACUCGAAAGACUAAUGGAUCAAAGAAAAUCACCAGAGAAGAGAAGAGAGAGCUCACCUGAACGGAGGGCAAAGUCAACUGACAGAAGAAGGGAGAGGUCACCAGACAAAAGGAUCAAGGAUGAGCGAGUCGGCCACAGAGAGAGGGAAGAACACGGUUUGAAAUAUGAUACCAACAAAAGAUACCCCCCUGAACAGAGAAGGAAACCCUACAAAGAGUGCAGCACUGAUCUCAGCAUCUGA